AUGAACGGCGAAGGUUAUAGUGGAAGAGAGAGCGGCCGCUCAAGGGAUUAUUAUGGAGGCCGAUCCGGUAGAGAUGACCGUCGAGAUCGUGGUGAGAGGCGUGAGAGAGGUGAGAGAGGUGAGAGAGGUGAUAGAGGUGAUAGAGGUGAUAGGGAACGGAGAAGGUCGAGAUCACCUCACCAUGGCUCCAGAGCAUCGCGUCGAGAAGGGGAGAUGGAUUCCUACUCCUCCAGCCGCGACUACCGAGCUAGAGAACGAGAAGAUAGAUAUCAAAGUCGGCGAGACGAUAGGGGUGAUUGGGAUAGGGAUAGAGGAAGUGACAGGAGGCGUGAGCGGCGAGGUGACGAUGAGGACCGGUCUCGACGCGACCGGGACCUGUUUGAUGAUAAGUCCCGUGGCGGUCGCGGAAGAGAUAGGAAACGGAGUGCAACACCGCCCCCCAAGAAACGAGAGCCUACGCCUGAUCUGACCGAUGUCGUUCCAAUCCUAGAACGAAAACGUCGUUUGACUCAAUGGGAUAUCAAACCUCCAGGGUAUGAAAAUGUUACAGCCGAGCAAGCAAAAGUGUCGGGAAUGUUCCCACUGCCGGGUGCGCCGCGUCAACAAGCGGUUGACCCAAGCCGAUUGCAGGCUUUUAUGAACCCUCCUGCUGCUUCGGGAUCAAACACCAACACUCUUCUCAAACCUUCCAAUUCCCGACAGUCAAAGCGGCUUUUUACGCAUAACAUCCCACCAUCCGUGACCGAAGAUACCCUACAACAGUUCUUCAAUCUGCAACUCAAUGGACUAAAUGUUAUCAGCGGAGUUGACCCUUGCCAAUCUGUGCAGAUCUCCAAAGACGGGAAAUUUGCACUCCUUGAGUUUAACACUGCGGCGGACGCAACGGUUGCCUUAGCUUUCGAUGGAAUCACCAUGGAAGAGCAUGAAGCUAACAGAGAAAACAAUGGAGAAUCGAAUGGAGAGGUUAAGGGUUUGUCGAUAAUACGGCCGAAAGACUACAUUGUCCCUCUACCAACGGAUGAGGAGCCGCAUCAAGAGGGCGUUGUAUCGAGCAACGUACCUGACUCACCCAAUAAGAUCUGUGUAUCAAAUAUCCCUCCAUUCAUCCAAGAGGACCAAGUUACCAUGCUUUUGGUUUCGUUUGGUGAACUCAAAUCCUUUGUGCUUGUCAAAGACGUUGGAACUGACGAGUCAAGAGGAAUUGCAUUCUGCGAGUACCUUGAUCCAGCAUCGACUGGAAUUGCGGUUGAAGGACUCAACGGUAUGGAACUCGGGGAUAGGAGGCUCAAAGUUAAUCGCGCAAGCAUUGGCACUGUACAAGCCGCUGGCCUUGAUAUGGGUGUCAAUGCAAUGUCUAUGUUUGCAAAGACCACAUCACAGGACCUUGAGACCGGACGAGUGCUCCAGCUGCUGAACAUGGUUACUGCUGACGAAUUAAUCGAUAAUGAAGAUUAUGAGGAAAUUUGCGAAGAUGUCCAGGAGGAAUGCUCUAAAUACGGAGUUGUUGAAGAACUGAAAAUCCCUCGUCCUUCCGCCGGUAGCAGGCAAGCGGCCGGUGUAGGAAAGAUAUAUAUCAAGUUUGACACACCCGAGUCUGCUACCAAAGCUCUUCAAGCUCUUGCUGGCCGAAAAUUCCAGGAUCGAACCGUCGUGACUACCUACUUCUCAGAGGAGAACUUCGAAGUCAAUGCCUGGUAG